AUGGCUGAUCCUGUCAAAGAGCCUGGGGCUGUAACCAUGGCUGGUCCAAUCAAAGAGCCUAGGGCUGUAACCAUGGCUGAUCCUGUCAAAGAGCCUGGGGCUGUAAUCAUGGCUGGUUUUGUCAAAGAGCCUGGGGCUGUAAGCAUGGCUGAUCCUGUCAAAGAGCCUGGGGCUGUAACCAUGGCUGGCCCAAUCAAAGAGCCUGGGGCUGUAACCAUGGCUGAUCCUGUCAAAGAGCCUGGGGCUGUAACCAUGGCUGGUCCAAUCAAAGAGCCUGGGGCUGUAACCAUGGCUGGUCCAAUCAAAGAGCCUGGGGCUGUAACCAUGGCUGGUCCAAUCAAAGAGCCUGGGGCUGUAACCAUGGCUGAUCCAGUCAAAGAGCCUGGGGCUGUAACCAUGGCUGGUCCAAUCAAAGAGCCUGGAGCUGUAACCAUGGCUGGUCCAAUCAAAGAGCCUGGGGCUGUAAUCAUGGCUGGUUCUGUCAAAGAGCCUGGGGCUGUAAGCAUGGCUGAUCCUGUCAAAGAGCCUUGGGCUGUAAUCAUGGCUGGUUCUGUCAAAGAGUCUGGGGCUGUAACCAUGGCUGGUCCAAUCAAAGAGCCUGGGGCUGUAACCAUGGCUGAUCCUGUCAAAGAGCCUGGGGCUGUAACCAUGGCUGGUCCAAUCAAAGAGCCUGGGGCUGUAACCAUGGCUGAUCCUGUCAAAGAGCCUGGGGCUGUAACCAUGGCUGGUCCAAUCAAAGAGCCUGGGGCUGUAACCAUGGCUGAUCCUGUCAAAGAGCCUGGGGCUGUAACCAUGGCUGGUCCAAUCAAAGAGCCUGGGGCUGUAACCAUGGCUGGUCCAAUCAAAGAGCCUGGGGCUGUAACCAUGGCUGAUCCAGUCAAAGAGCCUGGGGCUGUAACCAUGGCUGGUCCAAUCAAAGAGCCUGGAGCUGUAACCAUGGCUGGUCCAAUCAAAGAGCCUGGGGCUGUAACCAUGGCUGAUCCUGUCAAAGAGCCUGGGGCUGUAACCAUGGCUGAUCCUGUCAAAGAGCCUGGGGCUGUAAUCAUGGCUGGUUCUGUCAAAGAGCCUGGGGCUGUAACCAUUGCUGAUCCUGUCAAAGAGCCUGGGGCUGUAACCAUGGCUGGUCCAAUCAAAGAGCCUGGGGCUGUAACCAUGGCUGAUCCUGUCAAAGAGCCUGGGGCUGUAACCAUAGCUGGUCCAAUCAAAGAGCCUGGGGCUGUAACCAUGGCUGAUCCUGUCAAAGAGCCUGGGGCUGUAACCAUGGCUGGUCCAAUCAAAGAGCCUGGGGCUGUAACCAUGGCUGGUCCAAUCAAAGAGCCUGGGGCUGUAACCAUGGCUGAUCCAGUCAAAGAGCCUGGGGCUGUAACCAUGGCUGGUCCAAUCAAAGAGCCUGGAGCUGUAACUAUGGCUGGUCCAAUCAAAGAGCCUGGGGCUGUAACCAUGGCUGAUCCUGUCAAAGAGCCUGGGGCUGUAACCAUGGCUGAUCCUGUCAAAGAGCCUGGGGCUGUAAUCAUGGCUGGUUCUGUCAAAGAGCCUGGGGCUGUAACCAUGGCUGAUCCUGUCAAAGAGCCUGGGGCUGUAACCAUGGCUGGUCCAAUCAAAGAGCCUGGGGCUGUAACCAUGGCUGAUUCUGUCAAAGAGCCUGGGGCUGUAACCACGGCUGAUCCUGUCAAAGAGCCUGGGGCUGUAACCAUGGCUGGUCCAAUCAAAGCGCCUGGGGCUGUAACCAUGGCUGAUCCUGUCAAAGAGCCUGGGGCUGUAACCAUGGCUGAUCCUGUCAAAGAGCCUGGGGCUGUAAUCAUGGCUGGUUCUGUCAAAGAGCCUGGGGCUGUAACCAUGGCUGAUCCUGUCAAAGAGCCUGGGGCUGUAACCAUGGCUGGUCCAAUCAAAGAGCCUGGGGCUGUAACCAUGGCUGAUUCUGUCAAAGAGCCUGGGGCUGUAACCAUGGCUGGUCCAAUCAAAGAGCCAUGGCUGAUCCUGUCAAAGAGCCUGGGGCUGUAA